AGGAGAGAAAGCGAAAGCAAUUUAUAAUCUCAUGUGAGACUCACAUGCAUGUGAGACGUACAGAAUUCUACACUACACAGAUUGGGGACACGACUCAAAGCCACUGCGAUCCCUCUUUUCCCAUCUCUCCCUCCCUAGCCCCUAGCCCCCCCCUACUCGCUUCAAAAGAAUAAAAAGCUCGACAGGGGAGCUGGGAAACAGGGGAAAGUUGAUGGCCAUGGAGAAAAGGCAGCAGCACCAAUGUUAUGGAGCAGGUCCAAAACCCACCUUCAGAUUUGCAAAACACUGGGCUGUUCUCUUAGUCUCUAUCCUCCCCAUCUUGAAUACGGGUCUUGCUUUUGAUUACGGUGAUGCCUUAAAAAAGAGCCUUCUUUACUUCGAAUCACAACGUUCCGGUCGCUUACCCUACAACCAGAGAGUAACAUGGCGUCACCAUUCUGGACUCACUGAUGGCUUGGAACAAGGGGUGGAUUUGGUCGGAGGAUAUUAUGAUGCAGGGGACCAUGUAAAAUUUGGACUACCAAUGGCCUUCACCGUGACAAUGCUUUCAUGGACUGUAAUAGAAUUCCAACAUCAGAUUGCCGUUGCCGGAGAAUUGGAACACGCAUUAGAAGCAAUUAAAUGGGGAACUGAUUAUUUCAUCAAGGCACAUACUAGCCCGAAUGUGCUAUGGGCAGAGGUGGGUGACGGUGACACCGACCACUAUUGCUGGCAACGGCCGGAGGACAUGACCACAUCACGGCAAGCUUACAGGAUCGACGAGAAUAAUCCCGGGUCAGAUCUUGCUGGAGAAACCGCGGCGGCAAUGGCGGCGGCAUCAAUAGUGUUCAAGAAAACAAACCCUCAUUACUCUCACCUGCUCUUGCACCAUGCCCAACAGUUGUUUGAGUUUGGAGACAAGUACAGAGGUAAAUAUGAUGAAAAUAUGGGGGUGGUGAAGAGCUACUAUGCGUCGGGGAGUGGAUACAAAGACGAAUUGCUAUGGGGAGCUCUGUGGCUGUACAAGGCCACCGACAAUGAGAAGUAUCUGGAGUACGUCAUUAACAAUGCUCAUUGUUUUGGCGGGACUGGUUGGGCCAUGGCAGAAUUCAGCUGGGAUGUGAAGUAUGCUGGCCUUCAAAUUAUGGCUGCAAAGUUGCUCGUGGAAGAAAAGCACAGGGAACAUGGCGACACGUUGGAACAAUACCGAUCAAAAGCCGAGCACUACCUAUGCUCAUGCCUUAACAAAAACAACGGUACCAAUGUGAAUCGUACCCCAGGUGGUCUAUUGCACAUCCGGCAAUGGAACAACAUGCAGUAUGUCUCAACAGCAGCAUUCCUCCUCACUGUAUACUCCGAUUUCCUUCUAAACUCGAACCAAAAGCUCAAAUGCCAUGGUGGAUCUGUGGAUCCCGAAGAGAUCCUCGGUUUUGCUAAAUCUCAGGUUGAUUACAUCCUAGGUUCUAACCCAAUGAACAUGAGUUAUUUAGUGGGAUACGGCCCUAAAUACCCUGCAAGAGUGCACCAUAGAGGGGCCUCAAUUGUGUCAUACAGAGAGAACAAGGGGUUCAUUGGGUGCACCCAAGGGUACGACAAUUGGUAUGGCCGGGAGGAGCCUAACCCAAAUGUUUUAGUCGGAGCAUUGGUCGGAGGACCUGAUUGUCAGGAUAACUUCACGGACCAGAGAAGCAAUUACAUGCAGACUGAGGCCUGCACAUACAAUACAGCACCACUAGUUGGAGUUUUUGCCAAGUUAUUACAAAUGGAGGGCCAAAAGAGCCAUGAUAAUCACAAUCAGCCUUUGGUAGCUUCCUAUUAAGGAUAAUACUUGGAAUGUGGUAUUGGAUUUUCUACAGGGUGCUUUCUAGACGGAUGAACUAAGGUGUCCAAGCCUUGUUCGCGCUGCUACCCCUGGCAAAACAGAAAAAGGAAAGAGUUCAUGUUGUAUUGUCCCUUCAUUUUUUUUUAUAUAUAAAAAAAUGUUUAUAACACUAAGUAUAAAGCUCAAUGUUUUGGU